GCUUGCUGAUUGACGACACAGAACGGUCACUGAAAAUUGCUGCUGAUGUGGCCCGCAUCGUGGUGACAAGUAGCGAAGUUGCUAACGCCGAGUGCCGAGAUCCAGAUUCCGGUAGCGAAUCAGUUAAAACGUUCCCCGUUGCAGAGACAGCCUGCAGCCUAAUUGAUCAAUUGUACACCAAUCCGUACGAAGUGUACAAUUUCACGGGUCCCUCAGGCGGCUGUCACGAUAAGAGUGCGAUAACGACACUCCGCGCAACUGUGUUCAUCAGUCGUUACUGUGUGCCGGUCCAGUGACGGUUUGGCUUUUGGCAAAGUACGCAAAGCAGACGACAUAUUCACCAUGGAUGCUCCAAGGGCUGCUGUGAAGUUGAGCGAUAUUUCGGCGAAAUUUACCGAGGAAACGCUCGACGAGAUCGUUCGCAGCGCGGGUGGUAAGCGGUGCAUCAGCUGGAAGAUUCCGGAAACUAACUUCACCAAGGGAGAUGCUUAUCUGAGCGAACUGUACCGCAUCCAGCUAACCGGCGAACCGAACGAACCGGACCAGGAACCGAUGGUGGUGAAUGUGGUUGUGAAGACGAUCCCGAAGAACGUUGGACGACGCAAUACGUUCCGGUCGGCGGAUUUCUUUCGCAACGAGGUUAACUUCUACAACGUGGUGCUGAAGGAGCUGUACCGCUUUCAGGACUCGCGCAAACCGAAGAAUCCCUUCAAGGACGUCGAUAGGUGUUUUGUGGCGUACUCGGACGGUGUGAAUGAUUUCGUCGCAAUGGACGACCUUGGUCAGUACGGGUACAAAACAGCUUCAAGAGCCAAAGGUGUCGGACUGGAGGAGUGUCAGCGUUGCAUGCGUUCUCUCGGCCGCUUCCAUGCUCUGUCGCUUGCGAUGAAGGAACAGGAACCGGACCGCUUUCACGAGAUCGCACAUCAGUACGUCGAGGAAACGUACUAUGAUGCCCGGCUAAAGUCGUGGUACAACAACUUCCUGCAGGUGCAGAUCGAUAUCGCGCGCGAUGCAAUGGCUCGCGAGUAUCCGGGCACGGAGCUGGAGCGCAAGAUGGAGAAAUUUUUCGAUUGUGAUAUGUACGACCAUAUGGUUUAUCUGACGCACGCACGCAAUCAGAACUCGGUCAUCAAUCAUGGCGAUUGCUGGAUGCCGAACUUUAUGUUUCACGACAGUUCGCCGGCGAUGCGUAUGAUCGAUUUUCAGCUGGCCCGCUACAGUUCGCCCGUGCUGGACAUUUCUUUCUUUGUGUACUCCUGCACGAGCCAAGCGUUGCGUGAGGCACACUAUCAGGAUUUGCUGGAUGCGUACUAUGGUGGGUUGGCGGAGAUGUUGCGCGAUCUCGGCUCAGAUCCGGAUGUCGUUUUUCCGUACGCGGAGCUGGAGAAGGAGUUUAAACAGUAUGCCCGGUUCGGGUGCGGUAUGGGCAUCGAGUCGAUACCGUUCUCGCUGCUGGACGAGUCGGAGGUGCCAGAUCUGGAUAAGAUCACGGGUGACGAAUCGAUUCCGAUCGAAACGAUCUGGAUCUUGCGCCCGAUCGCGACCCAAGCGGGCAGGCUUCGUCUAACUGAUAUGUUCCGUCACGCCACUGACAUGGGUUAUUUGGAGUGAACACGUGAUUCUGCGGAUAUUAACGGUUUCCGUUAAGUUACGGAUGAAUUCAUAGCGAAUAAAUUGAAACGAAUUUUAUCAAGUAUUACGAGCACGAAAAAAAAGAGAAUCGAAUGUAAUAAUAUACUUAUCUUAAAGGUUUCUGCU